AUGGCCUCCCUGGGCAAGGAGGACGCAGACAGGAGUCGGUUGCUGUACACCAUUCUUGCAAGCCUGUUGAAUGAGAAGAACAAGCGUAUGCUGCGGUCAAUCCCUCUGCAAAAUGGCUUUGAAGGUUAUCGCCGACUUAUUCAGGAGCUGACCCCUUCCAGCAGAGGCCGCAUUUUGGCCUUGGUUCAGGCCCUGCACAGUUGGCCGCCGUUUGAUUCGAAGCUGAGCCUCAUGCCCCAGCUCGCCAAGUUCGAGGCCGCAGUCAUGGAGUAUGAACAGUUGAGCGGCACCACCUUCAAUAAUGAUCAGCAACUUGCAGCUGUGUUGCGGUGUUUGUCUGGACAGCUCAAGACUCAGGCGACAGUGCUGAUCAGCGACUCGUCGCAGUAUUCCGACCUGAGGUCACUUAUUGAAAGAUGGGACGCGAGCCAGACGCGCUGGUCCGCGUCUAUCGCCUCCUCUUAUGGCAUUGCUUCCUCAAGCUCAGACAAGCCACAGCCUAUGGAAGUUGACAGGUUGAUGAAAGGCAAGCCUAAAGGCAAGGAUCCAGGCGGUAAAGGUGCAAAGGGCCCCAAAGGCAAGUAUGGUAAAGGCAAGGAUGCAGGCCACAAAGGUGCAAAGGGCCCCGGCCAAGGGCCCAAAGGCAAGCCGAGUAGCAAAGGCAGCCCUGGCCAUCCAGGUGUUUCCUUCAAUGAUGAGUUUCAUGUUCGAACAGUGCACGCCUCAGAGUGCACUGUCAUCCUGGACUCAGGUGCCGAUGCCCAAGGUGCAACGAUGAAGGUCAAGGCUGAGAGGCUUAUCGACUUCGUC